UGACCUACGAACUUUGACAAGUUGAAUGGCGUCUAACAUUCAACGGCGCCCCAAUGCGUCCGACCAUAUCACCGCCGCCUCUGAAAUUAUCGGCGGCAACGAGGAGCUGGUAGUAGAGAUCCUUCAGCGUCUGCCGGCGAAAUCCUUGAUUCGAUUGAAGUCGGUCUCUAAAACAUGGCUCUCUCUCAUCUCCAGUCGUCGCUUCUCUCUCCUCCUCUGGCAACAACAGAACCGACGACGGCGACAUCCCAAAAUCUCCGGCCUUUUCUGCAGCUGUGGAUAUGUAGGUGAAAUCGAUUAUAUUCCAACCAUGGACUCCGAAAACAAGAAGUCUCUAACCCAAUUUCCGGAUUUCUCAAGUGGUGAGUCUGGUGAAUGGCAUACUAAAAUCAUAGACUCGUGUAGUGGUCUACUACUGAUAUGCUGUUUAUGUUUAGCUAAGCCAGGCUAUGAUUCUUACCACGUUUACAAUCCUACUACCAAGCAAUUCUCUACUCUUCCCCGCCCUUUUCCCCAAAGUUGUCUUACUCGCAGUUUGAAUUUGGCUUUUGAUCCUUUGAAAUCACUUCACUACAAAGUUGUUUUGCUUCAGUCACAAAAUAAGGUGGAAACAAGCUUGUAUAUUUAUUCGUCAGAAACAAAUGCGUGGUCGAGUCCCUUUGCUGAUCCUUUCUCGGAACUAGACCGGGACGUGGACGGAGUUUAUUGUAAUGGUUCCAUCCAUUGGAUUUCCUUGCGUCCGAAUGAAGCUUCGUUCUACUUUGAUGUUGAUAAAGAAAUAUUGUGCCCAAUGCCAUCUCCACAAUGUCCCGGUCGUUGUAUGCACCAGCAUUUUGGGGAGUCUCGAGGUCAUUUGCAUUUUCUUUCUUAUCAUCCCAAUGCUGGUUUCAAAGUCUCUGUCUCUGAGAUGGAAAGAGAUUACUCAAAGUGGUCAUUGAAGUAUCGGGUUAACCUUGAGGUCAUGGUCGAUUUUGUAUCGCGGGAUAUGAUUGUUCAAGGUGCACUGUCUGUGAUCAGUUUAAUUCAUGGAGAAUAUGGAGAUUGCCUAGCUUUCCAUGGGGAAAAGAAGAAAGAAAAAAAAGAUUUGUUUCUGCUGCUAUUUCUAGGCGCCAAUAUGAUCAUCUCCUACAAUAUCAAGGAUAACACCUUUAAGAAGCUUCAUGAUGUAGUACCCGGUCCUCAUUCUAAUGCGGAUGAGCUUUUGGGGUUAUUAAGUUGUCAUGUUCAUCCAUACAUCGAGACACUCUUUCCUGUUUGAUUCAUGAGAUUACAAAAUAAGGUGCCCAGCGGCUACUUGUAUCAAAUACAUAUUUAUUCAUCAGAAACCAAUGCUUGGAGGCCCUCCGGUGAUCCUUUCUUGGAAACAACAGUGGACUUCUAUGACAGAGUUGAUUGCAAUGGUUCCAUCCAUUGGAUUUCCUUCCACUCAGAAGAACCUUCUUUAUAGUUUGAUGUUGAUCAAGAAAGAUUGUGCACGAUGCCAUCUCCACCGAAUCAUUAUCAAUUUCAACAUCAUUUUGGACAGUCUCGAGGUCAUUUGCAUCUUGUUGCUUGGGGUUGUAAUUUCAGUUAUAAUGUUGAUGUGUUGGAGAUGGAAAGAGAUUACUCUAGGUGGUUCUUAAAGUAUUGCGUUAACCUUAGGCUCCUGGCUGGUCCUAAAUCUCAAAACAUGAUUGUCAGCAAUGGAUUGUUCUUUGUGCUUA